CCGCGCUGUCCGCCAGGGGGCAGCGCCGCCCCGCCUCGCCCCUCACGGCAGCGCCGUCUCCGUGACCGGAACGGGCGGGGCCGGGCCCGGGCAUGUGGUCCGUGCUGUGGGCGGCCGUGCGCUCCAAGGCCCCGUACGUCACCUUCCCGGUGGCCUUCGUGGUGGGGCUGGUGGGCUCGCAGCUGGAGUGGUUCCUGCGCGGAGACCCCCCGCCCACGGCCCAGGAGGAGAAGAGCAUCUCGGAGCAGCGGGAGGACCGCAAGCUGCAGGAGAUCGCGGGCGAGGACCUGACCAAGGUGGUGAGCCUGAAGGACAAGCUGGAGUUCGCCCCUCGGGCCGUGCUCAACAGGAACCGCCCCGAAAAGAGUUAAUAAAGGGUGAUUUGGGCAAAGGCAGUGCCCUGGAGCGGCUACUGGGGACUCCCCUGACACCUGCACUGCUUCCACCAGUCUCCCUCCUGUACCUGCUGCUCCUCACCCUCCCGGGCCCUUCGGAGGGUCAGGUUUGCCCACCCUAUGGAUUUGCUCAAGGUACCCAGAGCUCGGUGGCAGAGCGGACAAGGAGCCCUGUGUGGAGAUGAAGCGAGUCUGAAACUCCUCAGCUCUCACCAGGCCUGGCUCCUGAACCACAAAACACUCUCGGCCUGGUUCCAUCUGUGUCUCCUCAGGUUUGAUUUCUUCUAUAGUGUGAAGAUAGAAGAAGUUUAGACCUGAGUGCCAUGGGAUGGGGUCAGGCUGACUGCCAGUGACAGGAAGAACUGCUGACCUGCUUCCAGAUCCCCUGUGGCUCUUGAUGAACCCCAGCACAGCCCCACGCCACAAUGCCAUUCCAGCAGCCAUGGAGCUCUCUGGGGACCCCCUCCCUGCAUCAUCCCUCCCAGCAACGGUGACAGGGGGAGGUGAAAGUCUUGCUCCUGCCCCAUCGUGGUGCUCUGAACGUGGCGAUGUGUCGAGAACGGGGAGAUCUCUGCCCUCUGCACAAUAAACUUCUGUCAGUC